AAAAAAAAAAAAGGGAAGCUGGUUGACUUCUAACAUCUUCCUAUUAACACCUUCGUUCCCAUUCAAUGGCCGUUUCCAACCAACUUGAAUCCGCGUCGGAAUACGAUAUCAUUGUCAUUGGCGCUGGAGUGGUUGGGUGUGCCGCUGCCAGAGCAUUCGGUACUGAUGGUCGAAAGGUACUCCUUAUUGAACGAGACCUGAAUCAACCUGACCGGAUUGUGGGAGAGUUACUACAACCAGGAGGUGUCAAUGCUUUGCGUCAACUUGGAAUGGAAGACUGUAUUGAAGGAAUAGAUGGCAUUCCUUGCUAUGGCUAUGGUGUCAUCAGAAACAAAGAGGUUGUACACAUUCCUUACCCGGUCGACGAGACAACUCAGCAAAAGUCUGUUGGAAAGUCUUUCCAUCAUGGUCGAUUCAUCAACAACCUUCGCAAAGCUGCCAAAAGUACAAAGAAUGUUACUGUUUUAGAAGCGACCGUCACCACUCUCAUCAAAGAGGAAGAAGAGGAUACUGUAGUUGGUGUUGUAGCUCUCACCACAGAUCGCACCGAGAUCAGAGCCUAUGCUCCGCUCACCAUCGUGGCCGACGGACUGUUUUCAAAAUUCCGCAAAGAGAUUACUGACCUCACUCCCGAUGUUCGAUCUAAUUUUGUUGGGUUCGUUUUGAAGGACCUUGUCUUGCCCUACCCUCAACAUGGGCAUGUUGUGCUUGCAAAGCCAUCCCCUGUACUGCUCUACCAGAUCAGCACCCACGAUACCCGCAUUCUCAUUGAUGUCCCAGGAAAACUUCCUAGUGUCUCCAACGGAGAUCUAAAGCGUUAUUUGCAGACAGUGGUGGCACCAGAGCUACCAGAAGAUAUAAAGACCAAGUUCAUGGAAGCAUUGGAAACCGAACGAUUGAGGUCUAUGCCAAAUGGAUGGCUUCCACCUUCUCCUAACAAGAGUGCUGGUAUGAUUGUCCUUGGAGAUGCCAUGAAUGUUCGACACCCACUUACAGGAGGAGGCAUGACAGUGGGAUUGAGCGAUGUGGUAUCGCUUGCUGACUUACUGUCAAAGGAAAAUAUCCCAUCGUUAACUCAGCAGGAGCUGAUAAGUAGUAGCAUGCAGACUUUCUACUGGAGAAGAAAGAAUUAUUGUGUCGCCAUCAACGUUCUCGCCAUGGCUCUGUACGCUUUGUUCUCCGCUGGUGACAACGAAGAUUUGGAAAUUCUGCAGCGAGGUUGCUUUGGGUACUUCCAACUUGGUGGAGAGUGUGUCAACGGUCCAGUUGGUCUGUUGUCUGGUCUUAUCCAGCGACCUAUGGUCCUGGUGUAUCACUUCUUCUCCGUUGCCCUCUAUUCCAUCCAUCUCAACUUCAAGCAAGGUUCCUGGGCAGAUGUGCCCUAUAAUAUCUGGAAAUCCUUCACUGUAUUGUACACUGCAUGUGUUGUCAUUUUACCUUACCUUCUUCGUGAAGCACGCUAGAUCCUUCUUGUCACAUUUUUUUUUUAAAGUUUUGCAUUUUUUCUUCUUCCUUUCAUUGGUCGCUUGUUCGAAUAUAUUACAGUCUGAAUCAUUUAAUACAAAAUACACUACAUUUACAUUAUAGUAAUAAUGAAUAGCCAAAUAUUUGUCCUUGUUCACAGCAUGAAAGGAAAGAUUUUUGUUCUGUUUUGUUGUCGAUGAAAUAUGCUGAAUCUCAUAAAUUAUCAACGGUUU